CAGAUUAAUUGGAGAAAGUGCAUACACAUUUAUUUCAUCAUUGUUUUUUGUUAUACAGGAGCCCUCGGAAUGAAGACCCAGCCCACAGUGGGGCGCAGAAGCUGAUAUACCAUCUUGAGGUUACAGAAAAGAUAGAGGCUUGGCAAAACAGGUCAUUGGAGGGGAAGAAGAGGAAAUUUGUUGUGGUGCAGUAAAUGAUUACUAGGGAGAAGUCAGUGGGCUUGAAGAGCGCACAAUGUCUGGAACAAAGUCUUUUGGGCCCAAAGAGUGGACCAUUGUUUGAUAUAGAAGUCUGUCCAGGUAUGUUGGCAGACUGUAGUUUUCCUUCCUGAGAUAUGGGUUCAGUUAAUGAAAACUCAAGGAAGGAACUGGAGGGAGUUGUUUUCUUCUUUGGUAUAUCCAGACUUUAGGCCGAUAAGGAACUUCAGAGAAUGCUGUGCAUUGCCUAGCUUUGGGGGUCCUUUUCAGUUCAGCUUGCACAAAGCACGGUAUUUUGGGGUGUGCGUUUCUGAACCCCAACACACUUUUUCGUGUUCUAUGGUGUUACAAUGGCUGUGGAGUUCAUUUGUCCUAAGUGUGAACAUCCAGCCAGAUUAUUGGCUUUUCUUCUUGCCUUGCUCCAGGAUUCUGUUUUUCCAAAUGGUUUGCUUAGUUUCAAAUUUCCCUUUUAUGUGUUUAAGGAACAAACGGUUCUCCUGGACCACAGCCAUGAAUGCCCUGACUCAUUCUGCCUUCGAUGUGUUUCUUUUCACAUCCUUGAAGCUUUUCUUUUUGUGUGGCAGCAAUUCCUUGCUGUUAUCUUAUUUUCUGAUUUCUUUUGAAGGGAUAAUGAUGGUGGCCAAUUUGUGCAUUUUAUAAUGUUUUAAUUCACGUGUGCUCCUACUAAAGCUGAUGCUGGAAACAAAUGGUAUGCACACCUGAGUUGUUCUGAUUUAGCCUUAAAAUCUGUUUCCCGCACGAGUCUGUAUAUUGUGGUGUCAUUAGCUUGUGUAGCUUUUUGAUGUCAUUGUCAUCUCACUGUUAGCAAUACAAAAACAUUUUCUUUUGGCAUAUUUAUAUCCAGUUUUAAAACUACCUGGUAUUUAUUCAUUACCAGGUAAUUUAUAGUCUUCCUUUGUUGAUUUUUUUUUUUUAAACCUUGCCUUUUAGCAGUACAUGAACUUUGCCUAACCUGCCGCCAGAAAGUGUUGCUUUCUCCUUUGGUUGAGGUUGGGGGAGUGCUCUGGAGGUGUUGGUGGUGAUUAUUUCAGGCAGUCCAGUGUGGGAUUAGGGAGCUGGAGUCAAAAGUUAGAAGGGCCAGGGUUUCCAGUAUAGCCCCAGACAUCCUGGCUGGGUGGCCCAGAAUCUCAGGCUCCUUCUCUGCAACUUGCAGAUGAUAGUAGGUUACUGGGAGGCAGCUGUGUCAAAUGCGUGUGAAAUGUUGAGCUUAUGCCUUCCAAAGAGUGAGUCCGCCAUAAAUGGUAGCUGUUAACAUGAUGCCAAGGAAAAGGUGGGUAAAUCCAUUGUAUCUGCUCCACAGCAUGAGUCUCUCCCUACAAACUCCACCUCUCCCAGCUCCUUAAGCAUAAAUACCAUCUAUCUAACUAUGCCAGUUUUCAUGAGCUCAAGCUAUUUUUGACCUAAAAUGCUGUGACUCGUUACAAUUUCAGCCUUCAAAUUCAGGGUUUUUUAUCUGUGGCUCGUUAUUUUGGGUCUUGGACCGACGUUAUUUUACAAGAAAAAUUUGGCAGGACGUCUUCAGUUUCCUCAGUUUCACUCCUAGUAACAGAAGUGGUAGGUGGAACAGUCACAUUUCAGGACUAGGUUGCUCCCCAUCCAGGAGGGGUUUUAUCCUCUCAAAAAGCCAACUCCUCGGGCUUUUUUAAUGGAGUAGUUCACUUGGGAAGACUGUUGGCUUUGGUGAAGUAUCCUGCCCCCACACUUGUAUCCUGCUGUUAUGAAGCUUCCUUACGAGUUUCAUUUUUAGGAAACGUCUUCUUUAGUGAAAACCAUCAUAUAUGGUGAUGAUGCUGUUUCAAAAGUUGAUCAAGGGCCUGAAACAAAUGCUGUGUGAUGGGUGCGGAGUGCUCUACUUCACGCUCUUCUGAUUGCUGCUGAGGCGACGUUUUCUUAAUUUCACUGGUUUCUGUGUGGUUGGAUUCCUACUUCUUUGUCCCCUAUAUUUAUCUUUAACCUCAAGUGAAUGUUGCUGCCUUUGUUGUUCAUGAGCAAUGUACACUCUUGAAUUCCAGCUCUGUGAAAUCGGUACAAAAUGAGAAAUACAAAGAGUAUGAGAAAGACGUUGCCAUAGAAGAAAUCGAUGGUCUCCAACUGGUAAAGAAGCUGGCAAAGAACAUGGAAGAGAUGUUUCACAAGAAGUCUGAGGCAGUCAGGCGUCUGGUGGAGGCUGCAGAAGAAGCACACCUGAAACAUGAAUUUGAUGCAGACUUACAGUAUGAAUACUUCAAUGCUGUGCUGAUAAAUGAAAGGGACAAAGACGGGAAUUUUUUGGAGCUGGGAAAGGAAUUCAUCUUAGCCCCAAAUGACCAUUUUAAUAAUUUGCCUGUGAACAUCAGUCUAAGUGACGUCCAAGUACCAACGAACAUGUACAACAAAGACCCUGCAAUUGUCAAUGGGGUUUAUUGGUCUGAAUCCCUAAACAAAGUUUUUGUAGAUAACUUUGACCGUGACCCGUCUCUCAUAUGGCAGUACUUCGGAAGUGCAAAGGGCUUUUUUAGGCAGUAUCCGGGGAUUAAAUGGGAACCAGAUGAGAAUGGAGUCAUUGCCUUUGACUGCAGGAACCGAAAAUGGUACAUCCAGGCAGCAACUUCUCCGAAAGACGUGGUCAUUUUAGUUGACGUCAGUGGCAGCAUGAAAGGACUCCGCCUGACUAUCGCGAAGCAAACAGUCUCAUCCAUUUUGGAUACACUUGGGGAUGAUGACUUCUUCAACAUAAUUGCUUAUAAUGAGGAGCUUCACUAUGUGGAACCUUGCCUGAAUGGAACUUUGGUGCAAGCCGACAGGACAAACAAAGAGCACUUCAGGGAGCAUCUGGACAAACUUUUUGCCAAAGGAAUUGGAAUGUUGGAUAUAGCUCUGAAUGAGGCCUUCAACAUUCUGAGUGAUUUCAACCACACGGGACAAGGAAGUAUCUGCAGUCAGGCCAUCAUGCUCAUAACUGAUGGGGCGGUGGACACCUACGAUACAAUCUUUGCAAAAUACAAUUGGCCAGAUAGAAAGGUUCGCAUCUUCACAUACCUCAUUGGACGAGAGGCUGCAUUUGCAGACAAUCUAAAGUGGAUGGCCUGUGCCAACAAAGGAUUUUUUACUCAAAUCUCCACCUUGGCUGAUGUGCAGGAGAAUGUCAUGGAAUACCUUCACGUGCUCAGCCGGCCCAAAGUCAUCGACCAGGAGCAUGAUGUGGUGUGGACUGAAGCUUACAUCGACAGCACUCUCCCUCAGGCACAAAAGCUGACUGAUGAUCAGGGCCCCGUCCUGAUGACCACUGUAGCCAUGCCUGUGUUUAGUAAGCAGAACGAAACCAGAUCGAAGGGCAUUCUCCUGGGAGUGGUUGGCACAGAUGUCCCAGUGAAAGAACUUCUGAAGACCAUCCCCAAAUACAAGUUAGGGAUUCACGGUUAUGCCUUUGCAAUCACAAAUAAUGGAUAUAUCCUGACGCAUCCAGAACUCAGGCUGCUGUAUGAAGAAGGAAAAAAGCGAAGGAAACCUAACUAUAGUAGCGUUGACCUCUCUGAGGUGGAGUGGGAAGACCGAGAUGACGUGUUGAGAAAUGCUAUGGUGAAUCGAAAGACGGGGAAGUUUUCCAUGGAGGUGAAGAAGACAGUGGACAAAGGGAAACGGGUUUUGGUGAUGACAAAUGACUACUAUUAUACAGACAUCAAGGGUACUCCUUUCAGUUUAGGUGUGGCGCUCUCCAGAGGUCAUGGGAAAUAUUUCUUCCGAGGGAAUGUAACCAUCGAAGAAGGCCUGCAUGACUUAGAACAUCCCGAUGUGUCCUUGGCAGAUGAAUGGUCCUACUGCAACACUGACCUACACCCUGAGCACCGCCAUCUGUCUCAGUUGGAAGCGAUUAAGCUCUACCUCAAAGGCAAAGAACCUCUGCUCCAGUGUGAUAAAGAAUUGAUCCAAGAAGUCCUUUUUGAUGCCGUGGUGAGUGCCCCCAUUGAAGCAUAUUGGACCAGCCUGGCCCUCAACAAAUCUGAGAAUUCUGACAAGGGCGUGGAGGUUGCCUUCCUCGGCACUCGCACGGGCCUCUCCAGAAUCAACCUGUUUGUCGGAGCUGAGCAACUCACCAAUCAGGACUUCCUGAAAGCAGGCGACAAGGAGAACAUUUUUAACGCAGACCAUUUCCCUCUCUGGUACCGAAGAGCCGCUGAGCAGAUUCCAGGGAGCUUCGUCUACUCGAUCCCGUUCAGCACUGGACCAGUCAAUAAAAGCAAUGUGGUGACCGCGAGUACAUCCAUCCAGCUCCUGGAUGAACGGAAAUCUCCUGUGGUGGCAGCUGUAGGCAUUCAGAUGAAACUUGAAUUUUUCCAAAGGAAGUUCUGGACUGCCAGCAGACAGUGUGCCUCCCUGGAUGGCAAAUGCUCCAUCAGCUGCGAUGAUGAGACUGUGAACUGUUACCUCAUAGACAAUAAUGGAUUUAUUUUGGUGUCUGAAGACUACACACAGACUGGAGACUUUUUUGGUGAGAUCGAGGGAGCUGUGAUGAACAAAUUGCUAACAAUGGGCUCCUUUAAAAGAAUUACCCUUUAUGACUACCAAGCCAUGUGUAGAGCCAACAAGGAAAGCAGCGAUGGCGCCCAUGGCCUCCUGGAUCCUUAUAAUGCCUUCCUCUCUGCAGUAAAAUGGAUCAUGACAGAACUUGUCUUGUUCCUGGUGGAGUUUAACCUCUGCAGUUGGUGGCACUCCGAUAUGACAGCUAAAGCCCAGAAAUUGAAACAGACCCUGGAGCCUUGUGAUACUGAAUAUCCGGCAUUUGUCUCUGAGCGCACCAUCAAGGAGACUACAGGGAAUAUUGCUUGUGAAGACUGCUCCAAGUCCUUUGUCAUCCAGCAAAUCCCAAGCAGCAACCUGUUCAUGGUGGUGGUGGACAGCAGCUGCCUCUGUGAAUCUGUGGCCCCCAUCACCAUGGCGCCCAUUGAAAUCAGGUAUAAUGAAUCCCUUAAGUGUGAACGUCUAAAGGCCCAGAAGAUCAGAAGGCGCCCGGAAUCUUGUCAUGGCUUCCAUCCUGAGGAGAAUGCAAGGGAGUGUGGGGGUGCGCCGAGUCUCCGGGCCCAGACAGUCCUUCUUCUGCUCCCUCUGCUUUUGAUGCUCUUCUCAAGGUGACACUGACUGAGAUGUUCUCUUGGCAUGCUAAAUCAUGGAUAAACUGUGAACCAAAAUAUGGUGCAACAUACGAGACAUGAAUAUAGUCCAACCAUCAGCAUCUCCUCAUGAUUUUAAACUGUGCGUGAUAUAAACUCUUAAGAUAUGUUGACAAAAAGUUAUCUUUUUACUUUGCCAGUCAUGCAAAUGUGAGUUUGCCACAUGAUAAUCACCCUUCAUCAGAAAUGGGACUGCAAGUGAUAGGCAGUGUCCCUUCUGCUUGAAACCUAUUGAAACCAAUUUAAAACUGUGUACUUUUUAAAUAAAGUAUAUGAAAAUCAA